AUGGUCGUGCGUCCCUACUUUACACCUGACAAGCAGGUGCUGCCAUUCGAAAGGGUGAUCGCACUCGAACGCAUUGACAACUGGACAUUCCGCUCCAUCGUCAAAGCCUACUCCCCGACUGGUGGUGAAAAUGGGACGUACGGCGGCCACGUGUUUGCGCAAGCCGCAUGGGCUGCUGCACAGACUGUCGCAGAAGGAUUUCUCAUACAUAACAUUACCGGGUGGUUUGUACUAGGGGGCAAGCCUGAUGAACACUACACCUAUCGUGUGCGAAAGAUUCGAGACGGUUACAAUUAUUGCACACGAAAUGUGACCGUAAGCCAGGUUGCAGCCGACGGAGAUAUGUUUACCUGUACCUGCUCCUUCAAACGCAAAGAAAGCUCACCGUUCGACAUGCAAGAGUCUGUUGACCUGAAAGAGGUGUAUCGCGACGCACUAGAAGGCAAAGAAGACGAGCCAAUGGAGCAUGCGGCUGCUCCAAGCAAUGAUUCCGAGCAUUUCCGGGAAACUUACCUUCCAGCUCAUCCCGACCACUUUAACCCCAUCGCCGGCUUGCACAUCCGCAAGGCUGACAUGUCGAAGUACAAUCAGAGUCGGCAUCCACUCGAUCGCAAGCAACUGACCUUCUACACGCUACGCGGUGCACUUCCAUUACCAACCGCAACAUAUCCACCUCCCUCGGGAUCCGAGCAGAAGCUCACAUUGACACGAGAGGCUAACAUGCACGCCUGUGCACACUUGUACGCAUCGGAUCGUAACUCGCUAUUCAUUGUGCCAAACCAUCUCGACCGGCCUCGGGGUUACAAACGCAUGGCGUCGCUGUCUCACAGCGUCAUCUUCCAUGUCGGCAUCAAGGACCUCAUCAUGCCUAAUGAAUCGCGGAUAGAUCAUCCGAACGCCGACAGGACAUUGUGGGAAGAUGGUCCGCUACCACUCUGUAAUCUGGAGGGGUAUAAGGGCGGCGAUAAGGACGGACGAAAAUGGUUUGUGCAAGAAGCAUGGCUUACUCGAGCUACGGGAGGCAGAGCACUACAUAAUAGCCGUAUGUGGGACUAUGAGAGUGGUGUGCAUGUUGCGACGACCUUUCAGGAUGGAUUGAUUAGGUUCAAAGAGGAUGCAAAGAUCUGA